UCAUGGUGGGCCCGCGCGGCGGCGGUGAUGCUCCUGGUGCGGCGCUGCUGGGGUCCGCGGCUGGCGGGGCGGCGGCCACGCUGCUCGUGUCGGUGGCCGGCCGGGCCCGGCGGGUCCUCCGGCGGGAAGGACGGCCGGGGCCCCCGGGUCCGCGAGAAGCCGCCCUGGCGAGUGCUGUUCUUCGGCACCGACCACUUCGCCCAGGAGGCGCUGCGGGCGCUGCACGCCGCCAGAGACAACAAAGAGGAGAAGUUAAUUGAAAAACUGGAGGUCGUCACCAUCCCUUCGCCGUAUCCCAGAGGCCUACCUGUGAAGCAGUAUGCAAUGCAGUCCCAGCUGCCGGUGUAUGAGUGGCCGGAGGUGGGAGCCGGAGAGUAUGACGUCGGAGUAGUGGCUUCCUUUGGCCGACUUUUGAGUGAGGAUCUUAUUCUUAAAUUUCCCUAUGGCAUAUUGAACGUGCAUCCCAGUUGCCUCCCGAGGUGGCGUGGUCCCGCCCCGAUAAUCCACACGGUGCUUCACGGAGACACAGUCACUGGUGUCACAAUUAUGCAAAUCAGACCCAAAAGAUUUGACAUAGGCCCAAUUCUCAAGCAGGAAACCAUCCCUGUACCUCCCAAGAGCACAUCAAAGGAACUGGAAGCAGUGUUGUCAAAACUCGGUGCCAACAUGCUUAUCUCAGUUUUGAAAAACUUACCCGAAAGUCUGAGCAAUGGAAGGCCGCAGCCAGCGGAGGGAGUGACAUACGCCCCUAAGGUUUCUGCCAGUACCAGCUGUGUCAAGUGGGAAGAGCAAACCUCAGAGCAAGUUCUCAGACUCCACCUCGCCAUUAGGGACAUAGUUCCACUGCAGACACGCUGGAUGGAGAGCACCAUUAAGCUUCUGGAUCUUGUAGAAGUUAACAGCGCCAUCCUUGCAGACCCCAAAUUAACAGGACAGACUGUGACUCCAGGGUCAGUGGUAUUCCACAAACAAUCGCAAAUGCUGCUGGUUCGCUGCAAGGAUAGCUGGAUUGGUGUUCGAUCAGUAAUGCUUAAGAAAGCACUAACAGCUACUGAUUUCUACAAUGGAUAUUUGCAUUCGUGGUACCAGAAGAAUUCCCACGCUCACCCAAGCCAGUGCAGAUUUCAGACUCUCAGAGUUCCAAAGAAGAUGAAGCAGAAAACCAAGAUUGUUGCUAUGCAACAGUGCGUUAAGUAGCUGGGAAGAAGACAGACAAGGACCUAUUACACAUUGUAAUUUAUUAAAAGCUUUAUUUACAAGCAGCUGCCAUG